GAUUUAUCACAUUUACGGCGUGUAUCUAACGCUGUCUGUUAAAUUAUAAUUAAACAUUUGCGUCUUAGUGUUUAUGUUACAUUUAAUCUGACAAACUGAAACAGAAGCUGAGCUCGCGCCGUGGUUGAUAGCGUAACGGUAGUGACAGUCCUAACAGUAGCUACACGUGCUCGUUUCUUCUUUGAAAGCACCGAACAAUUAAACGUUAUCGCUGAAAACUCUCCGUUUUCCGCCAUCUUUAUUGUUUCUUCAUCAUCUUCGCUGAAGACAUUUGUCUGCGAACAGAUGGAGAAGCAGCCCCUGCCAACAGAUGACGACAAGGCAGGAACCACGGAGUCGGAGAUGGACGGCUACGCUGGCGAGGAGAGCCAGCAGGGCUCGUCUGAGCCUGCCGCUCGAGCAGGAUGGAACAGUAAAAUAGAGUAUUUCCUGGCUCAGGUGGGAUUCAGCGUCGGGCUCGGCAACGUCUGGAGGUUUCCAUAUUUGUGCCAUCAGAAUGGAGGAGGUGCUUUUCUCCUCCUGUACGUGCUGCUGAUGCUGGUUGUGGGCAUCCCCUUGUUCUUCCUGGAGCUGGCAGCCGGUCAGGCCAUCCGACAGGGCAGCAUUGGAGUGUGGAAGUACAUCUCCCCCAGGCUGGCAGGGAUCGGCUACUCCAGCUGUGUGGUGUGUUUCUUCGUGGCUCUCUACUACAAUGUGAUCCUUGCAUGGAGUCUUUUCUACCUUGGGAACUCGUUCCAGUCCCCUCUGCCUUGGGAACAGUGUCCAGAACAGGGGAAUGUAACAGUAAAAGAAUGUGAAAAGAGCUCCCCCACGUCAUAUUUCUGGUACCGUAAAGCUUUGGAUAUCACAGACUCGAUUGACGAGACAGGCUCUUUCAACACUUACAUCGUCUGCUGUCUGCUGGCGGCCUGGACCAUCGUGUGCCUGGGAAUGUUCAAGGGUAUCAAGACCUCUGUCAAGGUGAUGUAUUUCUCCUCCAUCUUCCCCUACGUGGUGCUGUUCUGCUUCCUCGUCCGAGGGCUCCUGCUGGACGGGGCCUUGGAGGGGAUCACCCACAUGUUCUACCCCAAGCUGGAAAUUUGGGGAGACAUACAGGUGUGGCGGCAGGCGGCCACGCAGGUCUUCUUUGCCUUAGGCCUCGGCUUCGGGUCCAUUAUCGCCUACUCCUCCUACAACCCCAAGAACAACAACUGCCACCGUGAUGCCUUCACUGUCUCAACUAUAAACUUCCUCACAUCCGUGCUGGCCACUCUGGUGGUGUUUGCUGUGCUUGGCUUCCGCGCCAAAAACAAUGUCAAAGAAUGUGUAGUCAGCAAUAUUAAGGAGUUAUCCGAGCAGUUUCGCAGUAGUAAUGUGGAAAAAACUCUGAUGCCAAGCUUCGACUAUUCUGAUCCCAGUUCUGUGGCUCUGGAGGACUACAGAGCCUGGUUUAACCAGUAUGGCAGUAUGGUCCCAGGCAAUUUAACAGACUGUGACCUGGAAAAAGAGAUGCAGCAGGGCGUGGAGGGCACAGGCCUCGCUUUUAUUGCCUUCACAGAGGCAAUGUCACUCCUGCCGGGCAGCCCCUUCUGGUCAGCGCUUUUCUUCCUCAUGCUGCUCAACUUAGGACUCAGCACCAUGUUCGGCACUAUGGAGGGCAUCCUCGCCCCGCUCACCGACCGCUUCAAAACUCUGGCCAACAACAAGACCAAACUCACAAUUUUCAGCUGCAUCCUCGGCUUUCUGAUCGGCCUGCUCUUCACCCAGCGCUGUGGGAACUACUUUGUGACGAUGUUUGAUGAUUACUCUGCCACCCUGCCCCUCAUCAUCGUGGUGGUCUUUGAGUGCUUCAGUGUGUCUUGGCUAUAUGGAGCUGAUAGGUUCCUCGAUGACAUUGAGGGAAUGCUGGGCUGGCGUCCCCAUGUGAUUUACAAGUACCUGUGGAAAUACAUCUGCCUGCUCGCUAUGCUGGGGCUGCUGGGCGCCACCACCAUUCGCAUGUUCAUCAAACGCCCCACUUAUCUGGCAUGGAACCAGGAGAAGGGUUCUGAGGAGUACUUGGAGUACCCCGGCUGGGCUCUGGCUGUUUUGGCUUUACUGAUCAUAUUUGCCAUGAUGCCCGUCCCAGUGGCCUUGAUCCACGCUGUUCUGCAGGACCGGACAAAGCAAACAGCCCGAGAUACAGAGACUGGACAGUACAGCAUCGUUAGUACUGAUGACAAGUGCGACACCCCCAUGACCAACAUGUCAGACCUUGACCGAACGAACGGGAGCGCUGCUUCUUUUACCUAAGCGCUGGACGUUAUGUUGCACAGUGGGAAAUGACUCGCACUGCGCAGUCAAAUGUUCAGUGGGCCAUUUUGAAGGACAGUUGAGUUAUCUCGCAGCUUUUAGUGCAGCUGUGGAACAGAAAGCCAUUGCAAGGUGGGACAAAAGAUCCCUUAUUUUAAUAUUUAAAACCUUUUCCACAUUUUUUAAGACACUUAAAUUAAGUCCAAAGUAUCCAGAGGACAAUAUUUAAAAGACUACAGCAAGUACAACUUUUAAAAAGUGAGUAGUAUGGGAAAUAUGGAACUUAUUGCUGCAUGGUGACAUGAGUUACAAUGUUCACUGUUUGAUUGUUACAGAGUUGUUGUCCGAAUGAGCAAAAACAAUGUUUCCUAGUUUUCAGUGUAAGCCAUAGACAUCACGCCAUAAUCCUGCAUUAAUUCGUUUUGUAUGAAUCCUUCACUUGUCUGUUUAUCUUAAAUAUCAUAUAUCUGUCACCGUUACAAAAGCAUUCAUGUGAGAUGCACCUCAUUAUUCGAAGGAGCCAUGUAACGGUUGCAGCAGUGUUCUGCAAAACCGUGUACUGUGGUAUGAAAAUUUAUGGUUAUCAUACUGCUUACAUUUGCUGAUCUACGUACUGGGGGAAAAAAGCAAUACGUGCGCCUCUUUUCCUCUCAGACUUUUUACACAUACGUCCAUUUAAAAAAUGGUUUCAAGUUUCAGUUUUAAAAAAGCAUCUGUUCAACUGUUUUCAUUCCUUUAAGGGUCACUGUAAUUGAUAGUAAUAAUGAUACUAAUAAUCACGUGAUACCGUGAUACCAUGAAGACAUGAUAUUUUCUGAGACGGUUAUCGAACCAUGAAAAUCUCAUGCCGUUUUAACCCUAAACCAUACAGCCAACUUUUCACUUCUCAUUUUGUUGAGGACAGGUUACUUCUCACCAUUAUCCACAGUCUCCUUUUUGUGUUUUAAAGUUUUUGUCGAUCAAUUUUUUAUCUUUUUAUAUUUUUUUUUAAAUAAUGAGCUCUUUUACAGCACAGUGAAUGUGACGAUUGUUUUGAAAUGUUUUUAGGCUGGGCGAAAGAUUGUGAGUUAUGGUUUGAGUUGAGUUACAACCAAGACAAGCUGAGCCUUAAUGAAAACAGGAAAAUGGCAGCAUCAUCAUAUCUUUGUGUAAGGAACAGGGCUGCAGCUAACGAAUGUUGUCUUGAUUUGUUUGGUCUUUAACAUGUCAGAAAAUAGUGACAAAUGUCAAAAAAAAAGUCCAAGGAGAUUUCUUUAAAUGCAUUGUUUUGUCAGUCCAAAUCCUAAAAAAUAUGACAUAAAUCAGAGAAGAGCAGGAAAUUUUCUGCCAUUUUUGCAUCAAAAAUCACUUAAACAGUUAUCAGUUAUCAAAAUAGUUGGUGAUUAUCUUUCUGUCUAUCGACUAAUUGAUAAGUCGACAAAUCGUCGCAGCUCUAGUAAGGAUCAAUAAGUACGGUGCAUGUUACUGUCUAGUCAGAUGCUGCACUUGUUGCUGUCGUUGGAUGUUACCUCAGUGCAGAAAUAAUCAGGACAGCUAGGGAGGGAAGUGAAUGGAUCCGUUAGUUUGCCACAAUGUUAUAUUUUUCUCAAAGCUAAGCAACAACAGUUGUAAAAAUUUUGUGAGACUGUUACAUCGGGAAAGACUUGAUAGAGCUAUGCUGAGUAUUAAUAUGAUAAUAGCAUUAAGGCUACUCACCACACAGAAGCCAUGUAAUCAUGUUUACAACUCAAAAAACACCCGAGUCACUGUUUCGGUUCUACAGUUUGAUAUUUUACUGUAUGUUGAGGUGUGUGCUGUUUGUUUGCAGGAGCAUACUGCAGUUUAACUACACAUGUAUGUUCAAACCAACCUGAAAUCCAACAGCUGCUGUACCAAAUCAAAGCAUUCAGUUUUGUUUUACAGUGAUAUUUUAACAACACUUUUUUUUAAUUGAUAAAAAAUUAAGUCAGUCUCUGAACAUGUAACUCUCCAUCAUCUUAUCAUGUUGAUUACUGUGAUAUCAGACAUUAGCAACAAAAUCGCUGUAUUUUGAGGGGGAAUCAUCAGUAGUUUAUGCCACUUUGUCAUGUGACGGCAUGGUACAAAUAUUAAGGUAAUAUUGUAAUGUAAAUAUGUAUAUAGUACAAGUGGAAGCUCUUCAAGAACAAAUGUAAUUGAAAAAAUGGGAUUUUCUGUCAUUUUUUUAUUUGUAAAUUGAAAGUUUGCAUGAUCCAUUUUUUUUCCCGAAGCUCGAGUUUAGGAGGAAACUUGCUGCAUGUUUGUUUAAACAGACUCGACCAGGCCCGAGUACUCCUUCACUUCAGAGUUCAGUGCAGUAUGUGAUGUAAUUAAUGUGUUUAUUUUGUAAAGUAAUUUUUUAGACUUGCUUGUUUGGUCAUCAUAAUCUUUUCAUGUACAUUUUUCUGAAAUUGAAGGUGUAGUUUCACAUUUUCAGUGGGUUACUAUCAAAAUGAGCUGACGUUAUGCUGUUGAAUGUCAGUGUACCAACACUAAGUGCCUUCAGGCUUAACAAGGCUGACGUGACAACAUGUUAAAGGCAUUCCAGCGUAUGUAUAGUUUUAAAAAGACAUUUCUUUUGAUAUGUUCACUUUUCAAUAGUGUAUGUAGUCUGUAAGUCUGUAUAAAAUGUUGAGGAAAUGUAAUAUAAUGCCACUGCUUUGUAAUAUAUUUUUGACAUUUUAAUUAAAAUGCUCUUUCAGCACAACAG